UGUUGUUGCUUUCCUCGGUUCGUUCGACUCACAGCUUUAGCUUGACGGUUUAUGCUUUGUUUCGGUAUUAGUUACCAUCUAGUUUGUUUUAGUUUGCAUAGGCGAAAGUAGCAAAGGAGCAGUAAAUGUGAAAUUUUCUUUCCUAGUUCCUAUCAUGGUUGAACAACUAGAUAGUUUAAUUAUUAAAAACGAGCCAUUCUACGCCGUUGAAGAACCAGAUCUUCUCAAUGGUAUCGGAACCAGUCAUUUUUCAUUGGGGGACAGCGAUUUACGUACGCUCUGUCUGAAUAGAUUAGGGCUAUGCGAGGAAACGGUGGCGCUAUUGGAAGCGCAACAAAUCGAUGUUGAAUGCUUGAAGAAAAUGCGCUUCGAAGAUGUUGAUACGCUCUUUGAUGGACGUCCACUUGGGCCAAAAAUUCAUUUUAGGGAAGCUCUGUUAUCAUGGAGGAUAGAUAUUGGAUUACCGAUGAAGAGCUUGCGGAUGAUUUCUUACCGUAAGAGAUCUAUAGAUCAGCUUGAUACGAGACCGAUAAAGUAUUCCAACAGUGGUGGUUGUGAACCAAUGAGAAAUGCAUCAAUCAUGGUCGAAACUUCGCACAGAUCCCAUAAAGCACCACCCAAUAUUUCCUAUAAGACUUUUUCUUGGCCAAUGACAGUGGAGGUGCUGAAGGAUAUAUUGAACAGUUCCAAUGUUGGAAGAAUGAUUCUACACUCGGGAGAACUUGGAAGUUUAGAAAAGUCCUUCCAGAGUCAGCUAACGGCAAUAGUGAUCGAUUACCACAUGGAAUUUGACACUAAAAUUACAGCUAUGCAGUUGGAAAACUACCAAAGAUGCAUCACGACGUUGUUUCCACAUGAAAAUAAGAAUUCGUACCACAUUCCUCGGGGACCUACGAGGCGGAAUCCUGGCGGUUCAUUGUACUCAAGGUUCAUCAACCAAAAGAUUAGCAAGAAAGCCUUGGCCAUCGGAAGUGGUUUGGCGUCUCCCUUCAACAUGUAAACGGUAAUCAGAUUAUACGUCAUCUAUGUGCUGCUAUUGAUUAUGUUGCUUACCGUAAUAGGUUCGAUUUUAAGCCAUAUUGUUUAGAAUAUACGUUUUGUUGCAUUAUUUAUAUAAAUAAAUUUUAAUAAAUAUUUAUUUGAUUGGAAACGUUUUA